AUGACCCCUAUCCACUUUGCUUUUUCUUCAACCUUUAUGUUAGGAUUGGCAGGACUUGCUUUCCACCGAGCUCACCUUCUUUCUGCCCUUCUUUGUUUAGAGGGUAUAAUAUUGUCACUCUUUAUUGCCUUGUCUAUCUGGACUUUAGAAUUUAACUCAACAAACUUUGCAAUAUCCGCUAUAAUUCUCCUAGCUUUUUCAGCCUGUGAAGCAAGUGCAGGCCUGGCAUUACUGGUAGCCAUAGCACGAACACACGGCACCGACAGCCUUCAAAGCCUCAACCUCUUACAAUGCUAA